UCACAGCAUUACAUAUCUUAAAACUCCGCCCAACUGCUUGUAUUUCAGCGUAAAAAAACACGCCUUCAAUUGAGUUCGUUGGAAUAGUCUUAAUAUUGGAACAACGAGUCCAGUCGGAACAAAUGAAAAGAACGACUAAUGUGUGACAUCACAGAGGAAUGCCAUGCCGCUUACUACAUAAAAGUAAACUGACAUAAAAUAAAGCCGUGCAAAGUUAUUGUAGAGCACUAGAGGAAUUCAAUGAGGAAUCUGUGAAGCUACACUUGUGGUUAGGAUGGAUGAAAGCUACGAGGCACUGUGCUCGCAACUGGAUAAGCUGCGUGGUGAAAAUUCCGACUUGCGAAUGAUGCUAGAUAUAGUGAGAGAGAACUACGAUCUACAGUCCAAGCUGAUGAGCACGCAACGAACCGUCGAUGAGACGGAAAAUAAAGGAAGAAAAAUGACCCUUCGCUGGCAAGACACUCUGGAUGAAGGAAGGUUUAGCACUGACCUGCCAAACCUUUCUCUGAAAGCAUCCACCCCCUUGACCAUUCAGUCGCUAGAAAAGGGUUCCUCACUGAAAAAGAUUCAAAAGGAACCGUUUUCAGACAGCACUCAACUGUCUCAGGAGGGGAAAGUUCCUUCAGACUCAAAAAAGAUGGAGCGACUGGUGGGAGAGAUUGCCUUCCAGCUGGAACGCCGGAUUCUCUUUCAUGUAUUCCCAGGCCAGAGCAGACUGUAUGGAUUCACUGUGCUCAACAUACCUGAGAAGAUACUUCAGAUCUCCAAGCACCCUUUGACUGGAAAAGUGGAUGAAGACUACCGCUAUGACCUGUCACAGCGCCACCUGUCACUGAUGGACAGGCUACGCAUGCUUGGCUACAGUGUGCCUAUACACGCACCAUUUGCUGAGUCCAUCGUCAACACCUAUGGCAUCCUCAAACAGCGGCCAGAUGCCUACAGCGCUGAAGAGCUGGGCUACAACAACCCUGAAUUCUUGCGCGCUAUUAUUAUCAAAACGGCUCCUUCCAAGUUGCUCAAGGAUCUCCUCUGUUUGCUCAGCUGCCUAUGUUUCAUGGCAAGGCAAGACAACAAACCUCUCUUCCUGUGGUAGACAUAACAGUCCCUUACCCAAUGCUGUCUUUAGUGCCACAAAUGACAGAAAAAAAUAAAGUUAACUUCA